AUGGAAGGAUUACAAAGGUCAGCAAUAAGCUUUAGAAGGCAGGGAUCCUCUGGUUUAGUAUGGGAUGAUAAAUUGGUACAAGCAGAACUGGCUAAAGAGAAAUCAGACGGUGGAGAUGGAAUAUCGGCCGAUCAAAAUGAUGAUCAGAAACCUGAUUUAAGAAGAAGUAAAUCAGACGGUGGAAAUAGGCGAGCCUAUCGUACUGUUAAGGUUGAGCAAGCAGAGGAUCCUCCCUCUCCUAGACUUUCUGCUUGUGGAUUUUGCAGUGUUUUUGGUAAGCCUGCUAAAAAUAAUGAGAAUCUUAAAAGUGAUAAGAAAAAAUCUGUGCAAAUUGAGUUGUCAUUAGACAGUGAUUAUAAUGGCUAA